AUAAAAUUUAUCGCACUUAUUUUUUAAUAAUUGUCUAUAAAUGAAUCGUGCUUAUAAAAUGAAAUGCAUGUUUUUAAGUGUGUAGUGGAUCAAAGUAAAAGUUACCAUGAAAGUCCUAAUACUAGUGCUAGCCUAUGCGUUUUUAGGCGCUGAAGCUUCAUCUUCUCGUCACCAAUGGAAACAAUUCAAGAGUAACUUCGGCGUAAGAUACGAAAACCUGGCCGAAGAAAGACACCGCUACCAAAUAUUCCAAGACAACCUGAGGAAAAUCGAAGAACACAACGCCAGAUACCAGCUGGGAUUAGAAACCUACUACAUGGGGUGGAUCAAAGUAAAAGUUACCAUGAAAGUCCUAAUACUAGUGCUAGCCUAUGCGUUUUUAGGCGCUGAAGCUUCAUCUUCUCGUCACCAAUGGAAACAAUUCAAGAGUAACUUCGGCGUAAGAUACGAAAACCUGGCCGAAGAAAGACACCGCUACCAAAUAUUCCAAGACAACCUGAGGAAAAUCGAAGAACACAACGCCAGAUACCAGCUGGGAUUAGAAACCUACUACAUGGGGGUCAACCAAUUCUCCGACAUGACCCAGAGGGAGUUCGGCCAAAUGCUGCGCGGCAAAGGCGUCGCGGCGCUCAACAGGACGCCCGCAGCGCGACCGGCCAGGCGCCUGCACAAGCAAGGAAGAGACGACUUCGACUGGGAGGACAAGGGCGCCGUGUUGGACGUGGGGGACCAAGGCGAUUGCCAAGCCGGAUGGGCCUUCAGCGCGACAGGAGCGCUGGAGGGGCUGAGCAUCAUCAAGAUGGGCUUCGGGUACCAGCUCAGCGCGCAGCAACUGGUGGAUUGCGCCGUACCCGAAGGAGGCUCUUGCGCCGAUGGAGACAUAGAAACUGCUUUUAAGUACGUGAUUGCUAACGGGCUGACCAGACAAGCUGAUUAUCCUUACACGGGCGUUAAAGGGAAAUGCAACGCGACCAAGGAAAGCUUCGUCACCGCUAAGACUAUCGUGAAAGGUAUUAACACCGAAGAUGACCUCGAACGUGCUAUGUUUUCUCAUGGUCCGGUUUCUGCGUACAUAGACGGGGAACCCCUUCAUCAAUACCAAGGCGGUGUGUUCCAGAGCAAAGCUUGUUCCAUGAAUGAAACGAGACUGACUCAUGGCGUGCUUGUUGUUGGUUACGGUUUUGAUGAUAGUAUUGAUAUGGUUUUUUGGAAUGUCAAGAAUUCCUGGGGGGAAAAUUGGGGAGAACAAGGCUACGUAAAAAUACUAAAGAACACUAAUAUGUGUGGCAUUGGUAAAAAAGCCUUGUUUCCUAAUUUGUAAUGGAAAUAAGAUGAUUAGUUUGAAUUAAAUAUUUACAUUUAUGUUAAUGUUGUUUUUCAAUAAAUUUAGUAAGC